CUUAAACCAUGGUCAUCACCAUAGACUUUUAAUAAUUAUAUUAUGUAUUCGAUAUAGUCGUAUGCAAGACCCAAAAAAAUAAUGUACGAUUUUCGGGAUUUAAACUAAACUUUUCUUGAUUUAUUACUCUACUUGGUAAUAAAUUUAAAUUACUCGGAAAAACGAACCUAAUGAUUAACCAGUGGCUUCCAAAAAAAAAAAAAAACAAGUAAAGUAAACGUAUUUUAAUAAGAACUAAGGUGGAUCCGAUAUAAAUGGUUUGUAAAACAUAGCAACAGGCAAUGCAGUAAAUUGUUGUAGACAACAAAAUAUGAAGUUGGACUCAUCAACUUAUAGAGUAUAUUAAUUAAUUCUAUGAAUUCAUAAGACUUAAAUAUUGUGUAAGCAUUUGUGCUUAAUAUGUCAUAUGGUGGAAGCAGUGGACAAGAAAGUGAUAAAAAUGGAUUUUCAUACAUUGAUGAUAUUCCUGUUAAAAUUAUUGAAAAAUACAAGCCUCCGAAAAAAAUAGCACUCCCUGGUGUAUUACAACACAAACCAACAUCUAAUGCAUUAAAAACUCAGUAUGAUUUUAAUUUGGAAAAAAAUGUACUUGAGAAAAUGGCAAUAUGGAGCAAAAUACGGGAAGAAGCUCAAACUAAACGCCAUUCACAGGCUGCUGAGUUCAAAACACAAGAUUAUUUAGAUUUAGAUAAGUUGACGCUAAUUAAUCCAGCACAACAACAAAAUACUCAAGUGUUACAACCAAUACCUGCUCAACAAAUAAAUUUCAAAAUGUCUUCAUAUGACACCAUGCUCACAAAAACUAUAAAUAUAUCAGAUUUUGAGUCUGAUACAUCCAGUCCAUUUGACAACAUGGAAUUAAAAACUAUUAAUGAUUUAGAAGAGCUAGCUUCUGUCUUAAAACCAACAUCAAUCUACAAUAAUACCAAUAUUAAAAAUGAUCCACCAUCUGAUAUAAAUGUUUCUCAAUAUUAUCCAAAACCUAUUUACAAUAAUUAUACAGAUCAUUUUAGUAGCAAUGAAUUUGUACAUGGUCCUAAUACAAAAACAAACCGGACUAUUAGUUCUGCUCGCAUGUCCAAUUCAAAUGCUUUUGAUGAUAAAUAUAAUAUAGCAAAUUUGCCACCCGUUACUAUGCCAAAUAUUUUAUUACAAUUGGAGGCUGAUUUAAAUACUUUAAAGUGUAAUGACGAAUCACCAAAUGAUCCACAAAAAUCUCUACCACACAUUACAGCAAAUGGGUCUAAAUCUCCUACAUGUUCAUUUCCUAAUCCAUACAGAUCACUUUCUCCAACUAGCCAAUGUCUUGCUGAUCAAAUGCAUCAAAUGGGCUUUUCUUUAUCGCGUGCUGCACGAGCGUGUAAACUAUUUGGUAAAGACGAAUCAAAGGUGAUAGAGUUUUUAAUUCAAAUACAUUCCAUUGAGGAGACAAGUGGUUAUACUGCUGACCGUGUAGAACAAGCACUGGUGGUUAAUAAUUUUAAUGCUGAUCAUGCAAUCACUUUUCUUAAAAAUGUUGAUAGGCUUAUUGAUUUUGGAUUUCGAGAAGAAAAUAUAUGCAGUGCACUAGUGAAGUGCAAUAACGAUCCUGAUAAAGCACUUGAUAGUCUUGUGUCUUAUUAAGUAAUAUAAUAUGCACGAGAAUACAUUAACCUGUACGAUAAUUAUGUAUUGUUCAGAAUUAUUAUUGACAGCCAAACAGGUGUGUUCGAUUUAUUGUGAUAAAUACAUUGUACGCGUGUUACAAAAAUUGAAACAUAUUUUAAAA